UAUUGAGAACCUACGACAAGACGGUAUCUAUGCUAUAAAGGAGUUGGGCAGACGCACAUCACCUGACGUACGACAGAUUGAUCUGGACGUGUUGAGGACGUUCAGGAACCACAUUAUGUACAGGGAACGGUACGGUAUAGGAUCAAGCAGCAGGCCUUGUUCCAUGUGCUGGUGAGCUACUCCAUGUACAAUCCUAGCCUGGGCUAUUGUCAGGGUAUGAGCAGUAUUGCAGCCGUGCUACUCAUGUAUCUCAAUGAGGAGGAUGCAUUCUGGGCUCUCGUGGCUUUAAUAGGGAACAAGAAGUACGCUAUGCAUGGUCUACUGAUACCAGGGCUGCCCAAACUGUUGACCUAUUGUGACUAUCAUGCUGACAUGAGGAAGAGGCUGUUGCCCAAACUAGACAGGCAUCUGAACAAGUAUCAUGUGAAUGCCUCAGAGUACAGUGCUGCUUGGUUUGUGAAGCUCUAUCUAGACGCUCUUCCGUUCCAGUUGGUCCUGCGUAUAUGGGAUGCCCUAUUCUUCCAGGGAGAGAGUGUCCUCGCUGCCAUGUCCCUAGUGGUACUCAAGAUGAACACUAGGCAGUUUCUUCGCGAGAGAGAGGAUGGUAUUCGUAUCUCUCUCCAGGAGCUAUCUCGUCAGUCCUUCAACGAAGAUGAGGUUAUCGCUGAGCUACAGAGUGUGACUGCCGACCUCAGCAAGUCUCGACAAGCCAUCCCACAAGUGGUGGAGCUGGUGGAACUGUCAGAGCUCAACAGACAAGCGUUGGAGAGAGCUGCUUUGAACUCUGCCUCUAGUGGAACUCAUGAUAGCUUAGUGGUGACUGGAGCUAGUCCUGAUUCUAGUGCAGAGUCGUGGGUGUGAGCCCACCCCCUCAAUCUUGUCUGUUUCUAUGGUUACACUGAUUGUUUGUAUGUCACCACACCAACUGUAUACAAGUGUGCUUCACUGUUACUGUAUGUUGUCUUGUGUAUAUAAUGUAUAUCAGAAACAAUAUUCAAUCAA